UAAGAGAAGCGCUAUCGAAGGACGGCGACGACAACGCGAACUCCCCUCGGAGAGAGAGAGAGAGAGAGAGAGACUCCGGCGAGGGGGAGUUGAGUUCUACGUGUGAGGAAAGGCGUGAGAACGGCUCCGGAUGACGAGGCGGUGUUCGCACUGCAGCAACAACGGGCACAACUCGCGGACGUGCCCUGGGCGGGGCGGUGGCGUGCGGCUCUUCGGCGUGCGGCUGAUGGAAGGGGUGGGAGCGAUGAAGAAGAGCGCCAGUAUGGGGUGCCUUCCAUCCGCCUCACCCUCGGUCGAUCCACUUGGUGAUGCCCACCUCCACAGCCCCGUGGCCGCCGCCUCCGGUUACGCCUCCGAUGACCCCGCCCGUGUGUUUUCUUCUAAUUGCCGGAGCGAGCACAAGAAAGGGAUCCCAUGGACCGAAGAGGAACAUCGAAUGUUCCUAAUGGGUCUUCAGAAAUUAGGAAAAGGUGAUUGGCGUGGAAUUGCACGGAACUUUGUCAUGUCUAGAACCCCAACACAAGUAGCAAGCCACGCGCAAAAGUAUUUUAUUCGACAAAGUAAUGCUUCACGAAGGAAGAGGCGUUCAAGUUUGUUUGACAUGGUCCCUGAAACGGUUCUCACUCAUGAUCAGCAGUUGUUUCUGCAAUCCCCUAAUGAAUUAGAGGUCAACUACCUUGGCCAACAAAGACCUGAGCCUGAUGAGCCAUCACGAACCAAUAGUGUUGUAGAAUCAAAGAACAUUCAAUUCAAGGAUCCAAUUACAACAAUGCUACCAACAAUUUAUCCAAAUUUCGUAACCGUGCCCGUACCCUCCUGGCCAUGGCCUCCGAAUUUAGCUACCAGUUCCAUUGGCCAAGUAAUGGUUGAACCCUACAAGAUUGUAAAGCCGACGCCAUUGUUCCCAAAAGAGCCUGUUAAUGUGGAUGAGGUGGUUAGAAUGUCAAACCUCAGCAUCGCUGAUGGUAGUCGCAUGGAGCUUACUGAUCUCUCCCUCAAGCUAAUGGGAUCCUCUAGUCCAACACAGUCCGCCUUACCUGCCGACACUUCCAUUGUCGUGCCUGAUCUAAACAAAAAUAAUAACAGCCCUAUUCAUGCAGUUUGAGGAAAACGGCAUGCGUAAGGAAUUCAUUAUCAUGCUCUUUGAGAUCUUAAUUCCCAUUUAAAUGCCUGCAAUUAUAUAUGCUUUCUAAUUCUUGUAGCUUAUCGUUCUUUUUGUGUUAAUAUUUGUAACUGAAGCACCUGCUGAGUAUAGUUUCUAGUAUUUAUCCAGCCAAGGAUGUAUUUAUAUGGUCAUCUGUAUCAUUGUUGUAGAACGUUAUAAAUGUUUCCAAGAAACAUGAAACCUAGAAAAGGCCUGUUUUGCUAUC